CAGUUUGGUACCGAACACAGUAAUAUAUGGACUUACUUUCCUUGUUCAGGCUAUCUUGUACAUCUUUUCCAGGAGAUAUUUUUUAUGGUAAUGGAUUUCUACGGUUGGUUGCUAAUAUUUUGAAACCAACAAAGGCUCUCUCCUUAGACAUGACACGGGGGAAAUGAUCAACUUUUGGCCUGUCGAAUGAGAUGUUCUAGUAAUACUUGAAGGGGAAUAUUUUUAUUUAAUGAUUUAAUGGAGCCUGUAGUGUCUCCAUCGCUUCUCAGAUGAGCACGUCCUUGGCAUCCAUUUUCUCACUUCUGUCGCAUUCUCUCCCACUAGCAAAGACACUGCAAGCCCAUGCCCUGUCAAUAACGUCUGGAUUAACUCAUGAUCCUCUUUGUGCAACCAAACUCGUCCGGCUGUAUGCCAUCAAUGGAAAACAUUCCUUUUCUCGCCUUGUUUUCAAUCAAACAGCUGUCAAGAGCGUCUUCCUUUGGAAUUCCAUUAUCAGAGCAUUUGCCAUUGCUCGUCAAUUCACUGAUGCUUUCUCUUUCUAUAGUCUUAUGCAGAGGUCUGAGACUAAGCCAGACAAUUUCACUCUUGCUUGUAUUCUACGUGCUUGCUCUGAUAUCCAUGAUAUUCAGAUGGCAAGAAUGACACAUGCCCAGGUUGUUGUCUCAGAAUUGCAUUGUGAUUCAAUUUCAGGAAGUGCUCUAAUUCAUGUGUAUACGAAACUUGGGCAGAUUGAUUGGGCGCAGCAAGUGUUUGAUCAAAUGCCUAAGCCAGACGUGGGCUUGUGGAAUUCACUAAUAUCUGGUUAUGGGUAUAAUGAGCAUUUUGAGAAAGCAUUGAAAUUGUUCAGUAGAAUGAGAAGUGCUGGGACUAUGCCAGAUGGAUUUACCUUUGUUGCAAUUGUUUCAAGCUUUUAUGGAAAGAAUUUAUCAAGCAUUGCUGAAGGCAUUCAUGGUUUGGUUGUAAAAGAUGGAUUUGAUUCUAAUGCUCAUGUUAAUAGUGGGCUAGUGACCAUGUACUCAAGAUGUAGUUGUUUGGAUUCUGCGUAUCGUGUCUUUGUGAACUUGUCCAGCCCUGAUCUGGUUACUUGGUCAUCUUUAAUUUCUGGGUUCGUUCAAUCUGGAGACUUCGGUACUGCUCUCUUUCUGUUCAGGAAAUUUACUUUUACUGACUUAAGAUUUGAUCAGGUAUUGAUUUCAUGUGUUUUGCCAGCAUGCGCCAACUUAGCGUCAAUAGGAUAUGGGAAAGCAAUCCAUGGUUGUGUCCUCCGUCAUGGUUUUGAGCUUGGACUUGCCGUUUCAACUUCUUUAAUACAUAUGUAUUCUAGAUGUGGAUAUCUGGAAUUAGCAAGACGGGUUUUUAGUGCUGUUCCAAAUAAGAAUAUUGUCAUUUACAAUGCCAUGAUUUCUGGGCUUGCAUUGAAUGGGCAUGGUCCUGAAGCCAUUACAUUGUUUGUGGAAGUUAAGAAUGAAGGCAUUCGCCCUAACCAUUCAACUUUUUCUAGUGUUUUAUGUGCUUGUUCUCACUGUGGUUUGCUAGCUGAAGGUCUUAAAUGUUUCAGAGAAAUGGAGGGUUUUGGUAUUAGGCCACCGUUGGAGCAUUAUGUGUAUAUGGUGAACCUUCUUGGCAUGGCCGGUAAAUUUGAGGAGGCAUAUGCGCUAAUCCACACAAUGCCUAUGGAACCAGAUUCUGGCAUUUGGGGUGCAUUGUUAUCAGCUUGCAGAUUUCAUGGAAACACAGAGAUGGGUGAAUAUGUGGCUCAUAAACUCUUUAAGCUUGAGCCAAGGAAAACUGCAUAUAAGGUUAUUUUGUCUAAUUUAUAUGCGACAAGUGGGAGAUGGAGUGAUGUUGGGGCAUUGAGAGAUGAGAUGACAAGCAACGGACUGAAGAAAGUACCGGCAUUCAGCUGCAUUUCUGACAGCAGAUUGUAAAUGCAUACUAACAAAUACCAUAGCUUGUAAAGUUGUGUGGCUCUGUAUUGUGAUUGACAAGAUGAAUCAUAUCUGUCUGAGUUUAGAUUUUUUUA